AUGGAUCUGCUCACCGAAGCUAGUGUUCCUGCCGUGGCGAUGGCCUCGGCGCUGGCUGUGGGUGCUGGCGCCUACCUGAAUGCCAAGUUGGCCAUUUCGACAGAUCUAACGACCAUUCGAAACGAUCGGAGCUUCAAAAAGCGCCUGACGGAACGGAUCGUUGGCCUGGGUGAAUCCACAACGAUCUAUAAGCUACUUGAGCGAAUCGUAGAAGUGGAAGCACGGGGGGCCAACGACGCAUUGUGGUUUGAACAGAAGACCUGGACCUAUACACAGCUCAAGGAUGUGGUGGAUCGCUUUGCGGCUCUGCUUCAUGCGAGGAAUAUCAAGGCCGGGGACUUUGUUGGUGUCUUCACUACGAAUUCGCCAGAAAUGGUGGUUGUGCUCUACGCCCUGGCCAAGCUUGGUGCGGUGGCCGCCAUGAUUAAUACAAAUUUGCGAGACGAUACGUUCACCCACUGUCUCAACGUGUCCGGCUCUCAGGCGAUCAUUUCUACCCCCGAUUUGUCACCCUUCGUAUGCGGAGAUCUACCACACAUCGCAUUUAACCUGUCAUCCUUUGAUGAUGUCUCAAUAGAGUCGGUCGACCUGGUCACGGCAUCCGACCUUCAGCAAUACUCUCAAUCGGACUUGCGCCCAGCGAAGCGCACUCCUAAAGAUCUCGCCGCCCUGAUCUAUACCUCGGGCACAACGGGCAAGCCGAAAGCAUGCGCCAUUCGCAAUAUGAUGGUCAUGAUCACGUCGACGCCGCUUACCAUUGAUGCACAGAACCCGGCCAAGUAUCAACCUCUUCGAACUUAUUCCUCAUUGCCCCUUUUCCACGGCACAGCUUUUUUCACUGGAGUAUGCUACUCUGUAGGAAGUGCGGGUACACUCUGUCUUCGACGCAAGUUCUCCGCCUCGCAGUUCUGGAAAGACGUUCACGACGCCAACGCAACACGGAUCUUAUACAUCGGGGAACUGUGCCGGUAUCUCCUCUCGACACCACCCUCUCCCUACGAUCAAGACCACAACUGCAUUGUCGCAGCCGGCAAUGGUCUGCGAGGCGAAAUUUGGGAGAAGUUCCGAACGCGGUUCAAUGUCCCUGAAAUACGCGAGUUCUACCGCUCCACGGAAGGUGUCGCCAAGUUCGAUAACCAGGGCGUGGGCGCCUGGGGUGCCGGCAAGGUGGGCUUCUCCGGCCCGAUUCGACGCUUGCUCGAAGACGAUACGUUUAUCGUCAAGUAUGACACCGAUACCGAGAUGCCAUACCGAGACCCUAGGACCGGCUUCUGCGUUCGUGCGCGAUUGGGCGAGGAAGGAGAGGCAAUUGGUCGUGUACGAGACCGCGGUCUCUUGACAGAGUACUUGCACAAUGAGGCCGCCACAGAGGGGAAAUUGCUGCGCGAUGUGUUCGAGAAAGGGGACCUCUUCCAGCGUACGGGUGAUCUUGUCGUCCAGGAUCAUUCAGGAUGGAUCCGAUUCCAGGAUCGGGUUGGCGAUACCUUCCGCUGGAAGGGUGAAAAUGUCAGUGCGGGCGAGGUUCGUGAUCACAUCUGUCGCAUCGAGGGUGUUCACGACGCUGUCGUGUAUGGUGUCAAAUUAGCAAGCUACGAUGGCCAAGCUGGUGCAGCUGGAAUCACAUUAGAAGAUCACUCUUCUGCCGCCGAACAGGAGUGUAUGGCAAACUUGUACAGCCAUCUCAAAAAGAGAGGUGUACCAUCGUACGCUAUUCCUCGACUGGUCCGAAUCACCGAAAAGGUGGCCACCGGUGUCACUUUCAAACAAGCUAAAGGUGAUUUGGUCAAGAAGGGCUGGGAUCCUCGCAGUGAGUGGGGUGGUGACUCCUUGUACUGGCUCAAUGGGACGAAGUAUGAGAAGUUGGAUGCAUCCAGUUGGUCUCAAAUUGAAAGUGGCAAGGCCAAACUUUGA